AUGGCUAUGAUACUCACAGCUUUACUUGCAUGCUUCCACGUUGGUGUUGUUUGGUCACUUAGGCAAAAAUCAGGUAACUGUGAAUUUGUACGACCAGCCGGCAAUGAAACGUUUUGCACCGAGUAUCGUCACACCGGAUUGCCACAGCUUCGCCAUCGACCAAGACUGACAUCGCGAAUGGUGGCGAAGAACACGGAAGUUACCCUGGAAUGUCCAUCCGGCCAGCAUCCAAGUGGCCCUGAAAAGUCUAAAUGCAUUGAUGGCGUAUGGAAGCCGCGUCUCGGCUUAUGUGAGGCAGAUUAA